AUGGCUGUCCUGUGCUGGGUGGUUCUGGGUCUGGCCGUCUUCCUGUCUCCUCAACGCAGUUUAGCCGCUGUAAACCAGGACUGGCUAACCAAUAUCAUACAAAACCUCAAAAAUGAGUAUGCACUGGGUGACAGCUACAGUCUGGCUGUCAACAUCCCUGUGAACCAAGACUUAGGCAGUCUUGCAGAAGUUCUUAAGGACGACCCUGCAGAUGCAGUGAAACAAGCUAUUUCAGCGGGUCAAGUUUACCAAGGCACCAGGGUUGUUGCAGCUGUCCAGUCUGGAGCGCUGGGCCAGGUUCUAGAGAAAAUACAACCCCUGAUAAAAAGCAGUGAUGGUAACGUCCUCAUCGUCUACUCUGAAGGAUACCCUGAUGCAAAUGGCAUUGACAACAAGAUCAGUGACGUUGUUCAGAACUGGAAGAGUUAUGCUUUUGUGUUUUCUAAAGUAGCUGAUGUUGCUGAUGCUGACACACUUCAGAGGGCUGCACUGUUCAAACAGCAAGAGGUUUCAAAGUUUGGGCUUGAAAACAUAUUCCGUUGUUAUGAGCAAAGCAAUUCUUUUCAGUGCACAAACUGCAAAGAAGGCGAUAAUGUUGCACCAUCCUGCGUUGCAGAUACAACACAAUCAAACGGCAACGAAGAGACAGCACAAUCAAAUGGCAACGAAGAGACAGCAGUAGGUACACCUGCGCCACCUGCAGGAAGUGAUGAAGGCACAAUUUCAGGUUCAAAUAACGGGAUUGACACAGGCUCAAUUACUAGUGAAGAAGGUGGAGAGGUUAUAGGAGGAGGUAAAGGUGGAAAAGGAGGCAAGGUGAGAAAAUCACGUAGACGUGGAAAAGGAGGCAAGGUGAGAAAAUCACGUAGACGCGGAAAAGGACGUAAGAUGAGAAAGUCACGUAGACGUGGAAAAGGACGUAAGAUGAGAAAGUCACGUAGACGUGGAAAAGGAGGCAGGAUGAGAAAGUCACGUAGACGUGGAAAAGGAGGAAAGAUGAGAAAGUCACGUAGACGUGGAAAAGGACGUAAGAUGAGAAAGUCACGUAGACGUGGAAAAGGACGCAAGAUGAGAAAGUCACGUAGACGUAAAAGUGGGAAGCGUAGAAGGGGGUACAUUGCUAACAGGGCAUAACAAACUGCUUUGCUAAAUUUUGAGCAACACAAUCAAGGCCAUGAGUUAAAAAAAUCAGCUACUUUGCAAAAGUGUUCUUAUUUCCUUUAUUUAAUCUGAUGAAACCGUUGGCUUUGUCUGGCUAAAUAAACAUAAUUCCUUUAUCUGUAUUGACAUGAUCUACUUGAAAGAAUGGUGUCAUGUUUUGCUUUUUAUCUCACAGAAUUCCAACUAUUUACUUGGAACCUGUACAAUUGUCUUUUGACAUUUUCUCUGCUUUUGAUUAAAGUUUCCUUCAGCA